CGUCAGUGUUCCUACGUUUCCAAAGACACCACCCCCGAGCAAAAAGCUAGUGCGGCUUUCACUAACUGUGACACAGGAAGGUCCUUCCCUGCUGGCGACUUGAAUGCUCACGGCUAAUAAAUCUACAAUCAGACAUUGAACCAGUGUCAGUGCCAGAGCACAAGCUCGGGGAGUGGAUGACGACAGACGGUUCAUCAGCAAGCCCUGAGCUGGCUGAUCUCAGAGCAGAGACGAGACCUCGUUUAGGGUGAAUGUGAAGAAAGUUUGGACGCUGUGGCCUGAAGGCAUUUACAUUUCUAAGAUGUCAUGCAGACGAGCAGACGUGAUGUCCAUCGCCCAGGCGUUGGCCAUGACCGUAGCAGAGAUACCGGUGUUUCUCUAUUCCACAUUUGGGCAGUCCAUAUUUUCUCAGCUAAAGCUUAGCCCAAGCUUGAAGAAGGUGCUUUUUGCAACAGCGCUGGGCAGUGUCGCUCUGGCUCUCACCGCUCAUCAGCUGAAAAGGCGGGGGAGAAAAAGGAAGCAGGUAACACAAGGGAAGGAUGGCCAGAAGCCAGUGGGAAUACCUGAGGCACUGAUGAAGACAGGAAGGCCCUCGUCAUUCAAAAGAGGCCCGUUUACUGGCCGACAGAUGAUGAGUCCCAGCACCCGGAGCACCGACACCAUGAGUGGAAUUUCUUCCCUGGCCCCCAGUAAACACUCAAGCUCCUCACACAGCCUGGCAUCUAUGAGAGUCCCAAGCUCUCCAAAUCAGUCUGCCCAUCUGUCCACCCCCUGGGAAGCGGAGCCUGUGGUGGAAGAGUCGGGGGCAAUAGAGGAUGCAAACGCAGAGAAUCUCUAUGUAAUGGGGAUGGAGCUGUUUGAGGAAGCGCUACGAAAGUGGGAACAGGCCCUGAAUAUUCGCCAUCAGCCCAGCUCGACCUCCAGCAACAACAGCCUCGCUCUGCAGGGGGCAGCGUGUGGAGACUUUCCUAUGGUUGAAAGCCGUAAUAAUGUGUUUGCUGAGAAGCUGGAGACACUCCUGCACAGGGCGUACCACCUACAAGAGGACUUUGGCAGCAGCAUCCCAACAGACAGCGUGCUGGCAGAUUUCGUCAGAGUUUGUGGUGUUCCUUUGGCAGAGAGUGAAGGAACUCUUAUCUUGCCUCAAGUGGAGAGUUUCCACAGACUGCAGGAUGACGAUGCGACUACUGUUACCUCCGACGAGUCCUUCUUCUCGGCCGCAGAGCUGUUUGACGCCAUGUCGCUCCAAGACGUCUACCAACCAAUGAGGCCAGCAGCUCUCUAUGAAGAAGCCUUGUCUCUGGUCCGGGAGGGCAAAGUGCCCUACAGGUCCCUGAGGACUGAAUUACUUGAAUGUUUCGGUGACCAAGACUUCCUUGCAAAGCUUCAAUGUGUGAGACAAGCAUUCCAGGUCCUGUUGCUGGAUGAAACUCACCGCACAUUCUUUAUGGAGACGGGGAAGCAAAUGAUCGCAGGGUUAAUGGUGAAGGCAAACAAGAGUCCCAAAGCCUUCCUGGAGAGCUAUGAGGACAUGCUGCUCUACACUAAGAGAGAGGAAACGUGGCACGUCACUAAGAUGGAGCUGGAGGGCCGGGGGGUGGUCAGUAUGAACUUUUUCGACAUCGUGCUGGACUUCAUCCUGAUGGACGCGUUUGAAGACCUGGAGAGUCCUCCCUCCUCUGUGGUGGCUGUGUUGAGGAACCGCUGGCUCUCUGACAGCUUUAAAGAAACAGCUCUGGCAACUGCCUGCUGGUCUGUCCUGAAAGCGAAGAGACGUCUUCUGAUGGUUCCCGAUGGUUUUAUCUCCCACUUCUACGCCAUAUCGGAACAUGUGAGCCCAGUUUUAGCCUUUGGGUUUCUGGGACCCAGACAACACCUCAGUGAAGUGUGCACUAUUUUCAAGCAACAGAUCGUGCACUACCUGAAGGAUAUGUUUGAUCACGACAAGGUCCGCUUCACCUCCACUCAGUGUUUGGCUGAGGACAUCCUGAAGCUUUCCCACCGCCGCAGUGAGAUCUUACUGGGGUAUCUCGGCAUCAAUAGCCUUGUGGAGCUCAAUGGUGCCCUGCCCACGGACACAGAGGGCUCUCCGGGGCCCAACUGACACCAGUCGGGGCGUCACUGGGAUCGAACAGGCCGAACGCAGUCGGCUGACCAGUAGAGAAUUACAAGGACACGCAGCUCAUUGUGUAACUACGUUAAGUUUGAGGCUCCUGUGGUGCACUGAGAACCAGCAUCAUUCAUUCAUUUGUGUUCAUGAAACACAACUUACUGUGAGAGGAUAUAUUUCUGCAGUCUCACUGCUACUACUGAGGGAGUCUCCCUAUCAGCUGCUGUGUUGCGUAUCAAGAAUGCCGACUGCGGUCACGUGAUCUCAGACGUGUGAGGACCUGUCGACGUGGAUACUUCCUAAGAACACGGCAGAAUGAAGCGCUCCCAGGCCUUCUACUAUUUAACUCCACGCGGAUCGAGUCUCUUCGGGGAAGCAGAGGUUGCUUUGUAACCUUCCGUUCGUCUGACUUGCGGGAUAUCAGUCGUCGCUAUUAUUUGAAAGGAAAUGGCGCGAGAGCCUGUUGACAAAAGGAUAAAUGUUAAAACCGUGAUAGAUCCUGAGCGGCUGAGGAAUUGUGAUGAAGGACGUAACGGAUUCGUCUCCUGACUGUUUACAUGCACAAGAUAUUCCCUUAUUCUGAAAAUGAAUACUCCACUAAUAUUGCCGUUUUACAUGCAGCCACUUCUCCAUCUGGACCUGAGGACCUGAGCCCCCCUCUUUCAUUCCUUUGCAUGUCCAGGUCAUCGUGGUUAAACGUGGGCGUGUUUCUCCCGCCGGCUUUGAGACGCUUAUUCCAAAUGAGCUGCAUCUGUAAAGAAUGAUGGGAAACAUUGUACAUUCAGAAUAAGGCCUGAACCGUUUCUAUGACACUUAUCCAGUUCUGAAUAUUGUCAUGUUCAGAGUAAUACUUGCAUGUAAACAUUCUCACUGACGGUUCUUGAAUCCUCUUUAAUCUGAAGAAGUGUUUGCUUUAAUUAAGCCGGCUAAGAUGUCACAUAUCCAAGAGACUGUUAAAUGCAAUAAGACAUCAAAUUAGUUCAGAGUAUCGACACGUGUACUCGUAUAGAAGUUGAAUUAUCCCAAAGUGUUCUCAGCCGACGAUAUUGAGGUUUUGUGAAGUGACGGUGAUCCCUCACAUUUUAUCUGCCGAUGGAUGACGUGAAUAUUAUCUGUUUUUAAUGCCACAGAGGCACAAAAAGAAACGUCCCACUACAAAUAACAAUGUGUGACGAUGUCUCCAUCAGUGUUGCACUUCAGCUCCCAGGGAGUAAUGAGUAACAUUAGAACUGGAAGUUUGAGGAAAUGCGUUACUUUGUGACAAACUGAAUGUUUCUUUUCUUAAAAUUAAUGUAUUUUAUUAAUUGGUUGAGAUACUUGAAUUGCUUCAAAAAAAAAAAAUGUAAAU